GUCAGUUCAGUUACACUGUCGAAGUGGCUGUGUAUCACCACUGGUAUAUUCUGGAUUGUCUCACACCGUUAUCUGACUGAUAAACAGAGGAGAUGCUGUCCCCCAUCUUUUCACUGAUUGCCAUUACAAUUAUCAAAGGGAUCAGUUCUCAAAACAGCAUUUUCAUUCAUGACCAAGAUUGUGGUUCAACUUAUCGGCUUCCAGAUAACAAUGACAUCACAGUGACCUGUGGAACCCAAAAUGUGCAACUAUCCAUCUUUUUGUGCCCAAUUUACUUUGCUGGCUACAAUGAGAGCCUCGUGGCUUUAAACCGUCAAUUCGGUGAUCCCAAAUGUCAGGGAACAGUUGAUGCAUCCGUUUCUCCUCCUGUUCUCAAGUUUACAUUUCCCAUCAGUGACGUCAACUCUACUUUCUGUGGAAACAAGCUGGUGAUCACCAAUGCUCCAGGAACGGGUGCUUUUAAAGAAUUUUCAAAUAUCCAGUUUGCCAACAUCAGUGGUUUGAUAGAAACAAAUGACCCAAUAGCAAAUGUCAUUACGUACAACCAGGAGCUCGUGUAUUUGUAUUCCUGCUCCUACCCUUUGGAGUAUAUUAUCAAUGAUACUAGAGUGGAUGUGGCAGGAGUAAGUAUAGCCAUCAAUGAUAGGAAUGGCACCUUCAGGAGCACCCUCACUCUUCAGCUUUACAGUGAUGCAGAAUACACAAAUUCCUUGAUCAUUCCAGAAUCAGGACUCACCUUGAAAACCAAGAUUUAUGCAGAAGUAAGAGCGACCAAAUUGACUGACAAGUUCAACGUCCUCCUUGAUCACUGCUAUACUUCAACCUCACCUUUUCACUUAAACUCUUCACUAACUUACGAUCUCUUCAUUGGAUGCAACAAAGAACAACAGACCAAUAUAGUGUCCAACGGAGAGGAUCAAUUUGCUAGGUUCUACUUCGAGGCAUUUCGUUUCACUGAGCAUCAAAAGCUGCCUGUCUCUACCUUCUAUCUACACUGUGCAACACGUCUCUGUGCAAAAGCUGCUUGCAGUGACUUUUAUCAAUGUAAAAGAAGAAAAAGAGAAGUACCAUUAAUAGUCACUACUCCAUUACCAGAUGAAGUGUCUGAUCCUUCAGUAAUUAGCUCUGAUGAAAUCAGGACCAGGAAUGAUAAUGUGGUGAACACAAAUGAUAAUUCAGAAUCAACCUUAGCUACUCAAGAAGCUAUAGGUGUAUGUACUGGACUGGGCAUUGGAUUGGGUACCAGCGGGAUGGCCAUAGAUUCAAUGGAGAAACAAACUGCCUUGGCAGAAAGCAUCUUCUUGGCUUCUGAGGAAGAGAGUUCCAAGAACUCAAUGGAAACAUUAACAAGGCUCCCUUCUGCACCACCCACCAACUCAGAUAUUGACACUUCAAUGGCAACAUCAGAUGUAGAAUAUUUGAGAGUAUAA